AGACAGUGUAAUGUUGAUGGUAAUCAUUAUGCUUCUUUACAGAGAAGAUGAAGAACUUUCUGCUAGCAGCUAUCUUUUUACUUGUCAGAGGUCCCUGCCGCUGCACAGACUGGGACUCUCCGUUCUGCCGGCAGCUGCCAGAUUGGGACAAUGAAUUGGUGUGUUACAAAGAAUUAAGUGAGGAUCUAACUUGUACCUGGCUGCCAGUACCUAGUGCUGCAAAUACAGUUAAUUAUACUGUAUACUUAAAAUGGAACCAAAUACGUAAACCUUUCCAGCGAAACACAUCGUCACCUUCCAUCACAAUAGAACGAAAGAAUCUCUACAUUGAGAGAUUUGCAACCAUUUGGAUAGCAGUGAAUUAUGCCCAUCACACCUGCGCAAAAGGAAAGAACAUCUCAGUUUUACCAAGCAAAGCAGGAAAGUGCUUGUCACCAUCUAACAUAAAUGCUUAUCAGAUGAAAAACCAAUUGAUAAUAAAGUGGGACCUGCCCACAGCUCAUACACCGUAUGAGCUGAGAUACAGAGAGGCACUCACAGAAUCUACUCCAUGGACACUGGUGGCUGUAGGAAGCGAUGUUGUCAAUGUCACCAUUUCAAAUUUAAAUGCUAUGUCUUCAUACAUUGUCCAGCUCAGAUGCAUAAAGGAUGGUCUCAACUGUGUUUGCAUCUGGAGCAAAGAGGAUUUUGGUCCCUCACAACUCAUGAACAAGCCAAGAAUAUAUAACGUAAUCACACAAGUCUCUCCAGGAAGAAGAAGUGUCCUUCUGAAGUGGGAAGUAGCACAAAGUGAGAAUGUCCUUGGAUAUUUUGUUAAUGUGGAAAGAAUACCCAACAGUUGCAGCCACCUACCAAAUCAUAUUUCUCUCAAAGACAGAAAAAUUCUUUUUAAUCUCUCCAUGGCUGACUAUAGAGUUAAUAUUUCUGCCUAUAAUGAAGCAGGAGAAUCUCCACAAGCUAUCUACAUUGUCCCAGAAUUCUCUGUAACAGACUUGCCUGGUCAAAUCCAUGUCAAAAGCCAGGGAAGAAAUGCAAUUGUCACGUGGACUCCAGAAUACAAUCCAAAAUGUUUUGUGGUUGACUGGGGCACCAGUAAAGAGAAUAUGAAAAUGAAAAUAAUAACCAUGGCUACCGGAAAUUUUACAUUAGAUAAUUUUCAGCCAUAUAAGUUGUACAAAAUAAUGGUACAUGCAUCUGAUGUGUGUCAGUGUGAAAGUUUCAUAAGACAUGAAAAGACUUUUGGAGUGACCCACUUUUACUCCGUUGAAGGAGUCCCGAGGACUGGUCCAACUAAUGUGACAAUUCUGAAUAUCACAAAGCAUUCUGCACUUGUGAAGUGGACUGAAAUAGCUGCAGAAGACCGUUUGGGCUUUCUCCAGGGAUACAGGAUCAGUUACACAGAUUCAUCAAGGAAAAAGUCUCCAGCUGUUACUCUCAAUGCUUCUGUCACAAGUUACCAUCUUACUGGACUGAAGGAAAAGACCACCUAUCGUGUGCAGAUUUCAGGAUUCACUAAUGCUGGAGAAGGACCUCUGACUCUUUCACAGCCUUUCAGCACUCCAAAAUAUGAUAAAGGAGAACUUGAAGGUUUUGUGAUUGGUCUUUGUUUCAGCAUGAUACUCAUUCUGGUUUUUGCACCUCUCACUUGUUCUCUGGUGAUUAAAAGGCUGAAAACAUCAUACUGGCACAGUGUACCCACCCCAGGAAACAGCACUGCACUCCAAGAUAUGACUAAUUGGAAACCUCUUUCAAGGUCACUGCUUCAGGCCCUGUCAGACAAUGAUACCACCAGCCUUUUUGUCAUAGAGCAUGAGUCAAAGGUUUCUCUGACGCUUGACCUCUCCACAGAGGUUGGAGAAGACAAGCAUAACACCUGCCAGUCAGAAAAACCUAGCAAUAACAUAGAUGUGAGCCUGAGGCAUGAAGAAAUCCCUGCAGAAGCAGUUACAAGUGAAGAAGACGCCAUUCCCACGGAAGUAGCAUUCUUGAGUGACUAUGCCAGCAUGGAGUUUAGUCAGAAAGCCCUGAUGAGUCUGGCAGUGAGCACACCUGAAAGAGCUGCUCAUCCUCAUCUGAAAAUGGAACUAAGCAGUAAGCCAGCAAAAACUGUGCAGAAGGUUUUGUUUGCUUCCCAGGACUACCUCAAACAAAGCCAGGUGGUACGUCUGCCAUCUGGACCAAAUUUCAUGGGACAAGUCAAUUAAACCUGAAGCAUCUUCUUUAUUUUCCUUACCAUAAAAUGAAGUUCCAAAUCUUUUUCUUCUGUGGAGUCACUAGGACUUUAUGGGACAGGGAGCUUGUGACAAUAGUUAUUUCCACUACAGUAAGUUUCCUGGGAAAAAUAGAUAGAUUGUAUUAUUAGAUUAGCUGUUUCACCACAGCCAUCCAGUGGAAAGUCCCACCAUCUUCACACAGGCAAAACUUUUAGGAACUUACAUUUAAAAAUAUUUCAGUAAAGUACCUCUUGCUUGGUAUUUUGUUCCAGGGCAUUCAGGAGCCAUUCAAGGCUUCCACUCUAAGCACAAUGUCAUUGUAGAUAUCAGGAAACUUCUCCACUCACUAUGACUAACUUCAGAUCCGAUUUUCAGAUCAAGUAAGUUCUUCACCAAAAAAACUUCCAGCAAAAGUAUCUACCACUUCAAAGAAGAUCUCCAGUUGGUCAAAGCUGGUCACAGAAAUUAGUGAAAAUCUCUCAGACUAGGAAUCCAAAGUUUGCUUAUUGAUCUAUGUAAAACACCAUUAGCGCUUUUCAUUCUAGAACUUUACAACUUUAAUAAUUUAAUCAGAUAAAUAGUGCUGUGUAAGUGAAGAUGAUAAUAAGUUUCAUUAAGAAUAUUGAAGAUGUUACUUGUAUUAAAUUAAGGCUAUUUCCUCCUACAACUAUCUACACAUUAAGAAAAACCCAUCCAUCAUUUGUGAUGAGGUGUAGUUGCAGAUAUGUUUUUACACUGCAAUGACAAUAACUGUUAAACUGGAAUAGAGGGGAUAAAAGAAUCUUCCUCAAUAUGCUUUCUAUGCAACUCCAUCAUGUAUCUCCACAAUGCAAGGAGUCAAUUUUCAGGCUUAUGAGAAUUUCUCAGUCAUGAACUCUCCAAGCAUUAAUGGUCUGCACUUAUUGUAGAAGACACAGUUUAUUGUUGUUGUCUCGAGUUUAAGGAGCACUUUGUAAAAAUUUCUUUGUGGAGAAAGAAAUUGAUAACUGUAUCGUAAGCACCAGAGAAUCCAUAGAUGGAUAUUUAAAAAAAAAAUCUCAUUAAAAGUGAAGAAUGAUUGGCAUUCACACAAAUAUUUCCACUCAUACUAGGCAGUAUGAAUUAUACAAUAGCCAUGCUUCAAAAACUCAGAGAAAUUCCACACCUCCACUUCAUUGAUUUAGUGAGAAUCCAUAACAAAACAUAGCUUAUUAAUUUUCCUCAUUUAUAUUCACUCUCUCUUUAGCUACAUCUCUCUAUAUCUGUUAAGACUGCAAGGAACUAACCUGUAUUUCACUGUAGGUUGUGCACUGUAUUUUUGCUUAGCACCUAAAUUUCAUUGUUCUCCCACAAAGCAAAGUGCACUCGUAUCUGUUAAAUUAAAAUUGAAACAAAGGGGUAAGAGAAGCACUCCCUAGAGAUCACACAAUUUUGGACAGUCUUUUAAAUAUCUUUAUUUUUUUGAACUUUAAUAUGUGAUUUUACCUGAUUUGAAUUUAAGAGAAUGCAAAUGAUCCUGCAAUUAGUGAAGCUAUUUUUACUUGUAAUAUCAAGUUGAGGUAUUGAAAUGCUGUCACAGACAAUGAAGUUCUGAUAUAUAAUCUUUAUAAAGUAGUCAUAAUUUGUUCCUCUCCAGAAUAUAAGGAUUAUCCAUGAUCGUUACUUACAGUAUUUCUUUCAUUUCUGGUCAAAGAAACUUAUUUUCUUGGUGCAUACCUUCAAUAGCUUUAUUCAUCCCCGUAAAUACCAAAUUCUUCUUUUCUUACUCUGCAUCUAACAAACCAAUACUUAUUUUUCUGUUAUGGAUAAAAUAUAUAUAUAGUAAGUUGAACCAAAUCAAAGGCUUGCAAGUAUUUUCAGUAUAUGAAACAGUCUUGAUAUAUGAAACUCAACAGACAGCUUGAGCUUUUAACCUGGUGAUUAUCAGCUGCACUCUACUAGCCAUUGUCUGACAUCUUGCUAUAGAAAAUUCAUAUAGCAGGAGAGUUGUACUAGAAGCAUCCAUGGAUAUUAAAUAGAAGGUAUAGAUGUAUUCUAUUUUCAGUUAUAAAGUUCACAAUGUAUGUAAUUCUUAGUUGAUCUCAUUAGAGCAAAUUUACACAAUGGCCAUAAACAGUACUUUUGGGAGAAUAAGAGAUACAUGAAAAAUCCUGGUGUGGAGAUUAGGAAUAAAUUCAAAACUCAUCCCAUCAUGAUGUAUGCUUUGAGAGCAAGGAAAGAACCUUUUAUGUGGACAGAAAUAGAAAAAUAUGUUUGCUAAAUAGUUUCAUGCAGCCAAAAAGGGGGUUUAGUUGGAAUUAAUGUACUUACUCUGGGACACAGGAUUAGGAGACAUACUAGGCUCAGGUCUUCAGGUUAGGAAAAAAUAGAUGUCUGUGGUAUGUCUUUUGGUUGACUGUCCUGUGGUGAUUUUUAGUUCAGUUAGAAGAGUCCUACAACAAUAAUCUCAUUGUACUCCCUGACCUCUUCAGGCAGUUUAAAAAGCUGUGUGCAUAUACUGGUGUAUAGUGACUGCAGAAACCUUCUUACACAAAUAAACAUGUAAGAUAGUUUAUUCCAUGUGAGUUUAUUCCAUGUGCUAUAGUACUGUUCAAGUGGUUAAUGUAGUGUUCUUAGCAUCAAUAUUCUUAGCUUUAAUAUAUGUUGUGUUGAGUGAAAUUGUAGAUAUGAAGGCUCAGGACCACAAAAGACAAUUAAAUUUUUGCUGUUUUUUUACUGUCAGCAUAGCUCUGGAUGAUCACUGUCAGCAUUAGUGAGAAUUUAGACAUGAUAAAAGCUUAGACAACUGCAGACCUGGAAGCACAUCAUCAUCGUGAUUUAUAGCAUGGGAUAUCAUACUGCAAGGCUGCAGUACUUUAGCAUUCCGUAUUUACAAAGAAAGGAAAGUAAUACUCCGUCUCUAAUACAGCACAAAGCUAGGUUAGUACACAUGCAUUUUUCUGGUAUCCAGAGUAGAUGUUUUUUUCUUGCAUGGACAUGAGGACUUUUUAUUAUUUUUGAUUUUUUAUUUUAUUUUUAAUUUAGUGCUUAAAGUCAGACUACAGUGCAGUAGUUAAUUCUCUGAGAAUUAACACUGUGUCAGAGAGAAAACAAACAAGUACUCACUCUGGAAGAGGAGAUUGCAGCAACCACAAUAUUGUAGAGUUUUAUUCUGUAUUAGUUAACAAGUGAAUAAUAAUAUCUACAAAUUCCCUCAGAAUCUAAGCCUUUAAUCUUAGACCCUUAACCCUUAGGGCCGCUUUUAUGGCACAGUAGUAUCUGCACUUGAGCAGAGCUGUCUGGAAAGCAAAGAACACAGGGGUGUCCUGCCAAGUCAACUACAAUUAUUGCUACAAAAAUUGUCAAAUAAUGAAGCACUUCAUGAAAGACCUCUGGUUACAGAAGGUACUCUUGACUUGGUGUCACAGGCUCUUGGCAUGCCUGUUUCUCUCUCUCAAUGGCCCUGUGUGUCUGCUGCCUGAAUGAGGUUAAAUGUCUUCUAGUACAAUGUCGAUGGAAUUUGUAUGAAGCUGGGUAAUAAAACUUGUGACAGCUUACACCACUCACUUCUGAGCACUGUUUGUAGAAGACUGCUAAGACAAAUCACUCCAUGCCAGUGGUGUUGGGAUGGGAAUAAUCUUAUCUUCAUACCUAUUUCAAUUCUACAGAAGCACCAGCUUGAUAAUAAAACUGAAAACAACCUGCUGUGCUAGAAAUGGUCAUUCCCAUUACCCAUCCUCAGAGACCCCUCCAGUGCUUCACCGAAUCAUGGGAUCACUGAGGUUGGAAAAGACCUUUAGGAUUGAGUACAAGUGCAAACCUAACACUGCCAAGCCUACCACUAAACCAUGUCCUUAAGUGCCUCCUGGGAUGGUGACUUAACCAGUUCCCUGGCUAGUGUGUUCCAAGGCUUGGCCACUCUUCCUGUGAAGAAAUGUUUCCAGCUAUUCAAUCUAAACCUCUCCUGGUGCAACUUGGGGCCAUAUCCUCUCAUCCUGUCACUUGUUACCUGCGAUUAUAUACUGACCCUCAUCUCACUGCAACAUCCUUUCAGGCAGGUGUAGAGAGUGAUAAGAUCCCUUCCCUGAGCCUCCUUCUCUCCAGCCUAAACAUCCCUAGCU